AUUUUCAUUUUUGGGUGAACUAUCCCUUUAACACUACUGUAAUGGAGGGUAUGUGAGUCGUAUGCACUGUCCAUAUGGGCAAUAAGUGCAAAUCCAAAACAGACAUAAGUAGUCUAAACUCAUCUUUCAGUCAAAUGUUUCCUAAUGUUAUUAUUGUCCAUUUUAACUUAUCUUUUUAUUACUUUAUCAAAAUGAUUAUCAGAUAUUAAAUAGGUAAACAUUUUAAUUUGUCAUUUAGCAAAAUGUAAUUUAUUUUAACAUAAUGAAUACAUGUGUGCUUAAAACCUGAUGUUCUUAUUAGAUUAAAUCUAGUGUGAACAGGUGCUGAACUCUACACCAUAAAUAACAAUGCAGCAUAUAUCCAGAGUAUUUCAUUCUUUUAAUUCUAAUAUUACUCUAUUUAUAAUUGUCUUUUGCUUGCAUAAAUGUAAUUUGUCCCAAUAACUGGUUAAAAAAUGCUACAUCACUGAGUGAACUCCAGGGAAUCUGUGAACAACACUCCAGCAUGCUUCAGACCGCAGGCUGCUAUCGAUUUUUGAGGACUCUGGAGGAUAAGAUGAAAGUAGUUAAUGAUUAUAUUCAGUGGUAUUUUAUCUACCGAAAUCAUCUUUCAAUCCAGAGGUUCAAAGAGGGACUAGCAACACUCAAUGUUUUUAAUGCCUUGGAGCAGCAUCCUUCACUCUUCUUCUCAUUCAUGUGCUACACUGAGAGCAAGCUGACGGCUGAUGCUGUAGAGAACCUCUUCCACGUUCAGCUUAGUGAACCCGGAAGCACCAGCCGUCAGGAGGAGGCCAGAGUACUGAGCUACUGGCGAGAUUAUCUGCUUUACUUGGAAGAAAAAGAGGCUAGUCCUUCUUUGGAGGAUGUCCUUAUGUUUGGAACUGGGCUAAAGAAAGUUCCUCCUGCUGCAAUACACCCAAAGCCACAGCUAGUUUUUCAGAAAAAUUCACGCUUUCCUGUGGCAAAUGUAUGCUCAAACACAAUCAAAAUUCCAGUCUUACCCAGUUAUGAAGAGUUUCAAGAAGCCAUGGAUUAUGGCAUACAAAACUCCCCUGGGUUUGGUCUUCCUUGAAACCAGGGUUGAGAUCUUUUUUUUUUUAUUCAAAUUUAAUUACUGCAAGUGUUCCACUGUUCUAUCCUGUUUUGGAAUUUUGGCAUCUUCAUAUAACUUAAGUUUUAACCUGCACUUGUCACUUUACCAUUUAAAGCUACUUAACAAAUACCACGCUCAGGUUAAAGGUUUUGGUUGUAUAUUGAUAUUCAAGACUGUAUACUGAUGAUGAAUAUACACUAGGAAGAUACAAUAUACAUUUAUUUUGACAUUUUUCCUCAUGGAUCAAGUAAAAUAAAGAUUGUGUUAUGCAUAGAGCUUAAACAGUUCACAAAUUUGCUGAUGUUCAAAAAAUAAAACUGGUGUUAAACAAAUCCAGCGAAAAAUAAAGUGAAUUAAUAGUCUUUUUCUCUCUUCUUUU